UGCAUUUGAGACUGCCUAAGAUGAGGUCGUUACUUAUAUUAUUUUUCUUAACGUUAGCCAGUGUAGAAAUUUUAGCCGCGAAAAGUGCUUUUUCAGCAGCACAUACGGAUAUUUCGACGAAUUUAUUGCAAGGUCUACCUAACUCGGAAAGAUUACGGUUUCUAGAAACAGUAUGGAAUAAAUUACGUGAAAAAUCACCGUUCGAUGUAACAAAAGCACUAAUACUCUAUCGACUCUUGAAAGUGGAUUUUUGCAAUUGCCGUACAAUCGACCCUUUAGAACUACAAGCGGCGCAAACUCUGCAGCAGGAAUUACUACAAGAGAUAACAAAUAGGUGUGCUCAUGCGCUAGCUGGUGUACUCAAUGUAGAAGUCCCACCGGACAACAGUGACUUCCAUAAUCUACUGGAAUUUUAUGUAACAGACACACAAGAAUUGCCCCUCCUGCUGAAUAUUAUAUACACUGCCAUUGAUAAAGUUUAUAAUUGGCAGCCUUCAGAUGUAUUAGCAAUUCGACUAUGGCGUUUAAACCAAUUUAGCGAUCGAAUUUCAUUCAGUAUUAGAGUGCAAGCUCAACUUUAUCUGUACUAUAAGUUCAAUAGUCGCGGCGAUGUGAAUGAUGACUAUUUAUUAAUAUUUGGUUACAACAUGCAACAAAUACAUAACGAUCCCCGACAAAAUCAACUAGAAGCAAAUCUUAAACGUCGACUUAAUAACGCAAAGUCAAGCUUACCUAGUGCCCUGCAGUAUUUUUAUUUGAAACCCAAUUUUUGUCUGUAUAAUAAAGGUCGUAAAGAGUAUAUUUACACCACAGAAGGUAUGGAAAUUGACGGUGAACGCAGGUUUAUUUUUAACUGGGUGGAUCCAUCAUACGUCGAUGAUCAUGGAAAAUGGCGUGCAAACCUCACAGACGUGCCUAAACCAAAUGGUGGUGUAAAACUUAAAGUUGCACUCCUGAGUAUAAAGUUCUAUAUGUAUAUGUAUUUGGAGAAAGAUCUCGGUAAUUAUAUGGAUGUGGUAGCUGCUUGGCGUACGGGCAGUGCGCCAGCAACGAGUUAUUGGAAUGUCGAAUUGGUAAAUAAUGAACUUAUAUUUAGCCAGGAUGGAAAAUUGAUGUGCGCAUCCGAUAGAUUAUACGAUAAAGACAGACGAUACGUGAAAGCUUUCGAUCAUAGCGCUUAUAGUUACUCCGAUCAGGUAUGCCAAUGGAUAGCCGGCGAAUGUCAUGCAGAAGAUUUAGAAAAAACGUUAACCACUUGAAAAAACUGUUUAAUUGUGGAUCAAAAAUAUCUUAAUUAAAAUCUAUGUAUUUAAUACUAAUAAAUGUAGAAAAUAAUUUGUAAUUAAAGUAAAAGUGCAUAAGUGUACAAUGUUUUAUAGUGCAAAAUAAUAAUUAAGCAAUAAAAUAUAUAAAA